UACCCUGAAACAGAGCCAAAAAAAUGGCUCCAUCACUGAAACAUGUUAUCUUCUUCUUCGUGAUCUUAGUCAGCAUUUCAUUUUCAAUCCAAGAUAGCCAUCACCCUUUGAACUCCCUAACUCCGUCGGAGCUGAGUGAAGUCGGAUCCAUCGUCAAGAGCCAUUGCAACGGCAACGUGAGCUUCCACUACGUUGGCCUUGAUGAGCCGAACAAGUCUCACAUCCAACUCUGGCAUUCCAACCUCCGUUCCGCCCCACCCCGCCGAGCAUUGGUCCUUGCUCGUAUCGACGGCGCCACCCAUGAAAUCAUCGUUGACCUUUCUCGAAGCUCGGUGGUUUCUGACCGGCUCUACCAAGGCAACGGCUACCCUCUCUUGAACAUAGAGGAGCAAGUGGCUGCGAGCAACCUCGCGGUGUCGUAUCCGCCCUUUGUCGCUUCGAUUGAGAAGAGAGGGCUGAUGAUGGAGGAAUUGGUGUGCAUGAGCUUUAGUGUGGGCUGGUUUGGGGAGGAGAAGAGUAGGAGAAUGGUGAGAGUUAUGUGUUACUAUUUGGAUGGGACGGUUAAUAUGUACAUGAGGCCUAUUGAGGGCAUCACGGUUGCAGUUGAUCUUGAUCGGAUGGAGAUCAUUGGCUUCCGCGACCGCGUUGUGGUUCCCGUCCCUAAAGCUCAAGGAACGGACUACACAAGCUCCACUCCAUCGGAUGCUGAUCAUGAAGAUGAGGAUGCACCACUUUGCCAUUUCACUUUCGAUGGACAUGUUUUGAGGUGGGGAGGUUGGGAGAUGCAUGUUUCGUUCGACAUGAGAGCCGGUUUGGUGAUAUCAAUGGCGUCGAUUUACGAUAGUGAGAAGGAUGAGCAGCGCAGAGUGAUGUACAGGGGAUUUGUGUCUGAGGUGUUCAUACCAUACAUGGACUUAACUGAGGAGUGGUAUUAUCGAACUUUCUUUGAUUCGGGUGAACUUGGAUUCGGUGUCGCUGCAGUGCCGCUUGUGCCUUUGAAAGACUGCCCCAAAAAUGCGGUGUUCGUGGAUGCCUACUUCACCUCAGGGGACGGGACGCCUGCGCGAAUCCCUAACGCCUUUUGCAUUUUCGAGAAACAUGCAGGAGACGUCAUGUGGCGCCACACCGAGCUUGGAAUAAUUGGCAAAACGAUAACGGAGGUCAGGCCCGAGUCCAGCCUCGUUGUUAGAAUGGUGUCGGCUGUCGGGAACUAUGACUACAUUGUGGAUUGGGAGUUCAAGCAAACUGGUAUCAUUAGAGUCACUGUUGGGAUGACUGGCCUACUUGAAGUGAAGGGAUCAGUUUACACACACAAGGAUCAGAUAAAUGAGGAAGUGUAUGGCACAAUAUUAGCAGAGAACACAAUAGGGGUGAACCAUGACCAUUUCUUGAUCUUCAAUCUUGAUCUCGACGUUGAUGGUGAAGAAAACUCCUUGAUCAAGACUAGCCUCGAGACGUCUCGUGUGAGCAGAGACAUAUCUCUUAGGAGGAGCUACUGGAGGGCCGAGAGCGAAGCAGCCAAAACGGAAUCUGAUGCAAGAAUCAGGCUUGGUUCAGGAGCAACAAUGGUGUCUGUGGUGAACCCAAACAAAAAGACUAAGAUAGGCAACAAUGUGGGCUACAAGCUGGUGCCAGGAUCAGUAACCGGCACCCUUUUAUCAGACGACGACUAUGCUCAAAUCCGAGGAGCGUUCAGUAAGUAUAAUGUGUGGGUUACACCUUACAACAAGACUGAGAAAUGGGCUGGAGGUUUGUGCACUGAUCGAAGCCAUGGAGAUGACAGUUUGGCUACUUGGACCAAAAGAGAUAGGGAAAUUGAGAACAAGGACAUUGUGUUGUGGUACACUUUAGGUUUCCACCACGUGCCAUGCCAGGAAGAUUUUCCGAUCAUGCCAACGCUGACUGAGUCGUUUGAGCUCCGGCCAUCCAACUUUUUCGAGCACAAUCCUACGCUCUACGCGAAGCAAGAGAUGGGAAUGAAAAUUCAUGCUGGCUCAAACUUCUCAGUUCAGUAGUGUCUCUGUCCAAAUUUGCCUCUACUUUUGAGAUGGAUCAAAUAAGAUUCCAAAUUCUUGCUUUUAA